AUGGACGCGCUUCACCACGCGCACCACUACAGCGCGCAGCACUACCAGGGCGAGGCCCUCUCAGUGUGGCACCGCAUGCCUGUUGCGCGUCGCGCGCUGGUUUUCAUUCUCUUGUUUAUAGGCAGCGUGGGCGAAAUCCGCGUGGUGCUCACCAAGCGGCUGUCGCAGCUCCGCAAUUUCCCGGGCCAUAUUUCGCUUCCCGGUGGCAAGGCCGACCACGGGCUCGAGCUGCCGUGGAUGGUGGCGCGGCGCGAGAUGAGCGAAGAAAUCGGGUUGAGUGAGAACGAUGCAGAAUUGCACCGCGAGUACGGCGUGGUGAUUGACCAGGUCACGGAGCUCCCGUGCUACUUGUCGCGGACCUUUUCGGCGGUGAAGCCUGUGGUGGGAUUUUUGAACACCGGCCGCGGUGUAGAUGCGGCCUUGCUGCGCAUGAGGCUCCGGGUAAAUCCCGGCGAGUGUUCCAGUAUCUUCCUGUGCCCGCUCCACGAUUUCCUCUACCCGGUAUCAGACGCCCCAGCCAAAGAGGCGCUUGCCCGCACCCACCACCCUGUGAAAUGGGGAGGUCUCCCAUGGAACUUGCGCUCGUACACAUUUCCACAGGCAAACCCUGGCGAGGUCCACUGGCUUCGGGGCUACGACGAUCUAAGCGCCACAGAAGAUGAGGAUUCCGCAGCAGAGUUAGAGGCUUCUCUGGCGGGACCAGAUCCGGAGAGCUGCCCGACACAGGAUUCCCAAAGACCCCCAAAGAAGCCCAAGAAAGACUUGUCCGGCUGGGGUAAUCUAGGCUCGCGGCGCGAUUCCGUGUCCAACGAGAAGAUCUACGACGUUUGGGGGCUUACCGCCAAUAUAUUGCACGACUUGGCCGAGGUGGUAUACUUGCCCCCUCACCGUCGGUCCCCAGGAAAGCAGCAUGGCGAGGAGGAGUUGAUCUGGAGUGUCUGGCACCACGGGCAACAGAUGCAUCUGAAGGAGCGCACGCCGGCCGAGGCUGCGUUGAUCCGUGCUGGGCCAGCUGACCCGGCCUCCUUCGGCGAUGUGCUUCCGCGGACCGAGUUCAACCGCUUGAAGCGCAUAUACAGCAGCUAG